AUGGUUGGUUCGUAUCAUGAGAAGCCUGUCUUGGACACUUCUAUUUAUGAAAUCGAAUGGCAUGACGGUGAAACUGAAUCCUAUCGUGCAAACGAAGUUAUCGAAGCAAUGAUGAUGAAUGUUGACGAUGACGGUAAUAGCAUCCUCCAUGUGAAAGAAUUUAUUGAUCACAGGACGGAUGGCACACGAGUCCAUGCUGAUGAUGGUUUUGUCAUGGUAAAGAAUAAGAAAGUUCCUCCAAGAACUACAAAAGGGUGGUAUCUGUGUGCUCAAAUUCAUGGUGAUGAGACAGAAUGGAUUGAUUUGAAAACGGCAAAGGAGGCCUAUCCAAUUCAGGUGGCCAAAUAUGCUGUUGCUAACAAACUUGUAUCCGAGCCUGCUUUCUCUUGGUGGGUUCCUUAUACUCUGAAGAAGCGUGAUAGAAUUCUAAAGGCUGUGAAAAGAAGAGCCUUAACUCGCAAGACUGAGAAAUUUGGUUUAGAAUUGCCUGGUACUGGUCCGAAAGGCGUGAGACGUGCCUACGAGAUUGACGCCAACACUGGUAGCAAUCAUUGGGGAAAUGCUAUUGAAAAGGAAGUUAAAACUGUGUUGCCUGCCUUAAGAAUUUUGGGACCAGAUGAACCUGUUCCCCCUGGAUAUACUUGUAUUGACUUGAUGACUGUCUUUGAUGUCAAGAUGGACCUCACACGAAAGGCCCGGAUAUGUGCUCGAGGGGACCAAACUUGUUAG